UACGUUUUGAAAAUAUUCAAAGACAGGGGAGCAAAGAGCAGGAGAGAUACACCAGAAAGAGAUUGAUCAUGGCAUUCGGAGGUUCAGCUGUGGGUCCACCAGCAGGGGCAGGAGGACCAUCGGCGAUAAGGCCGGUGAAGCUAGACAAAGAAUGCGAGCUGAGAAUUGAAGUUGGUCCUGACACACCUCUCCGCCUUCGGCUCCUUACUGGCACAGCCGAGAUCUUUGGCACUGAAAUUGCUCCCGAAAUCUGGCUCACCUUUCCUCCCAGGCUCAAAUUCGCAGUUUAUACUUGGUAUGGAGCCACAAUUGAAUUGGAUGGCACUACUGAAACUGAUUAUACAGCAGAUGAAACACCAAUGAUUAGCUAUGUAAAUGUGCAUGCUGUACUGGAAGGACGUAGAAAUCGUGCUAAAGCAUCACCUAAUGACUCUGAUUCUUCACAGGGUCCCAGGGUAAUUGUUGUGGGGCCUACAGAUUCUGGAAAGAGUACCUUGUCAAGGAUGCUUCUUAGUUGGGCAGCCAAACAAGGUUGGAAACCUACUUUUGUGGAUAUGGAUAUUGGCCAAGGAACUAUAACCAUUCCUGGAUGUAUUGCUGCUACGCCAAUUGAAAUGCCAAUUGAUCCGGUGGAUGGAAUCCCUCUGGAAAUGCCUCUUGUUUACUUCUACGGACACACAACUCCUAGUGUCAAUGCAGAUUUGUACAAGGUGCUUGUGAAGGAGCUUGCUCAGACUCUAGAGAGACAGUUCGCCGGAAAUGCAGAAUCUCGAGCUGCAGGCAUGGUAAUAAAUACCAUGGGAUGGAUAGAGGGUGUUGGUUAUGAGUUGCUUCUUCACGCAAUUGAUGCAUUCAAUGCUAAUGUUGUUCUGGUUUUGGGUCAGGAGAAACUUUGCAGCAUGCUGAAAGAUGUAUUGAAAAGCAAGCCAAAUGUUGAUGUUGUGAAACUUCAAAAAUCAGGUGGUGUUGUAUCGAGGAAUGCAAAAGUCCGUCAAAAGGCCAGGAGCUACAGAAUAAGGGAAUAUUUUUAUGGCCUUGCAAAUGAUCUUUCCCCACAUUCCAACAUCACAAGGUUCAGUGAUUUGUCUGUCUAUAGAAUUGGUGGUGGACCACAGGCCCCACGUUCAGCCCUGCCAAUUGGUGCAGAGCUUGCUGCCAACCCUACAUGAUUGGUUCUUGUGAAUAUCAACCGGGAUUUGCUUCAUUUGGUUCUUGCUGUUUCUUUCGCCAAAGAACCAGACCAAAUUAUUUCAAGUAAUGUCGCGGGGUUCAUCUAUGUCACAGACAUAGAUAUUCAGAGGAAGAAAAUUACAUACCUUGCACCAUCGGCUGGGGAACUCCCGAGCAGAUUCUUGAUCAUGGGAACUUUGACAUGGCUUGAAACCUAAAGUGCCCAACUAACUGCAUUCCUCAUUUUCCUCAAAUCGUUCAGUGUUAAUCUUAUCACUGAUUUGUGUAUGUUUAAUGCUUGUACUGACACUGCAAGGGGGUUUUAAGAGGUGAAACCCAUUUAUUCUGCUGAGAGGAUUAUUUUGCAUAUGAUUCACUGUAAUGUGUAUAUUCACAGAUAGCUAGCUGAUAACAUGGUUGAUGCUUGCAAUUUUUUAUUAUUAUUAUUA